UCAAAUAAAUGACCCUACAUAAAAGCCAUUGCUCUCUCGCUCACUCCUUAUUUGUGCUCUCACCCUCUCCCUCCCUCUGUCUUUGCCACUAAACCACCCACCGCACCACUCCUAAUUUCUCUCCCCUCCCAGCUCCGCUCUCCCUGCUUCUUGCUUUGCUCUGAGGCCGCCCCCAAGAACAUCUUCCCGUCCCCUCUUAUGGGGAACCCGCCCGAGCUGUACCACAAGAUCCUGAACAUCCCCAAGGACACCUCGCCGCAGGAAAUCCGCGCCGCGUACAAGAUCCUCGUCAAGAAAUGGCACCCCGACAAGCACCCGCCGUCGUCCAAGCCCGAGGCCGAGGCGCGCUUCAAGGCCAUCACCGAGGCCUACGAGGCGCUCCUGGACCAGCAGGAGAACAGGGCGGUGUUCGGGGUGUGCAACGACGGCCGGGCGGGCGAGAGGGUAGGAGGGGCGUUCGGCAGCGCCGACCUCGGCGCCGGCGUCGGGGCGCGCAUGGAGAGGACGCGCAGCGACGACUUCUGCACGAGGAGCGCGGCCGGCACGCCGGCGAGGGAGUUCAAGAAGGUGUACAGCUCCGGCAACUCCGGCGGGCGGCGCGCCUUCGCCGAUUUCUCCAGCUCCAUCAUGCGCAAGGCGCCGCCGCUGGAGCGCAAGCUCGAGUGCACCCUCGAGGAGCUCUGCCGCGGCUGCAAGAAGGAAGUCAAGUUCACCCGCGACGUCGUCACCAAGAACGGGUCAAUUGUUAAGAAGGAGGUGAGUCAGAUGGUCCUGGUGAAACCAGGGUGGAAGAAAGGGAACCAAAUCAUAUUUGAAGGCAUGGGGGAUGAGAGACCGGGUUGCCUACCCGCCGAUGCGAUCUUUACCAUAUCCGAGAAGAAGCACCCGACGUUCAAGCGAGUGGGCAAUGAUCUGGUACUGAAAGCCGAGGUGCCGCUGGUGAGCGCGCUCACCGGUUGGUCCUUCUCAUUCAGGCUUCUCAAUGGCAAGAAGGUGAGCUGCUCGUUUCAUGAUGAGAUCAUCUAUCCGGGAUACGAGAAGAUCAUGAGAGGUGAAGGGAUGCCCAUCGUCGAACAGAAAGGCGCGCGGGGCGAUCUGAAGGUGAAGUUUGAGAUCGUCUUCCCCAAGGAGAUGACCGAUGAGCAGCGCACCGGCCUUGCUGAGAUUCUGAAAGGAUGCUGCUGAGCUUGUAACGUCGGGUCCGGGUCCAACCGUAUCAAGUUUUCUUGGCCUUGUGUUAAUACUCAAAGCGAGAGUGAGUACAUACAGAGAGACGUCCUUGUACAUACAGGUUUUAUAUAUGAUAAUAUGAAACGUGAGCCAAGCCUUCUGUGGA